AUGUCUCUCUUUCCGUUUACCACCACUUCAUUUAACAUCUCCCCUUCACUCUUCUUGACCAUCCUCGUAUCCACUUUGGUUCUGCUGAUCCUCACGCUCAGGAGCUCUAAUUCAAAGCACGUAAAGCUUCCUCCAGGUCCUCCGGGUUGGCCAGUUGUCGGGAACCUCUUCCAAUUCGCUCGCUCAAAAAAGCAAUUUUACGAGUACGUUGAUGAUGUAAGGAACAAAUACGGUCCUAUCUUCACGUUGAGGAUGGGGAGUCGAACGAUGAUCAUCAUCUCUGAUUCAGCUAUCGCCCACGACGUUCUCAUUCAACGCGGACCAAUGUUCGCAACCCGACCCUCCGAGAAUCCGACCAGAACCAUCUUCAGCUCCAACACUUUCACCGUCAACGCUUCGGCUUACGGUCCCGUGUGGCGGUCCUUAAGACGGAACAUG